AUAGCUACACACGUGGAAUUGAUUGUGGAUACAUCAAGGGAGGGGCUCAAUGGCUGGAUUAAGAAGGUUUUGUCUUUUGUCAAGAGGAUACUCCACUCGCUGUUUCUUUGACGUGUCAGCAUCACAGAAGCAGCUAGGAAGAAUUAUAAUGGAGUUGAGGACUGAUGUGGUGCCGAAAACAGCUGAGAAUUUCCGUGCUCUGUGUACAGGAGAAAAAGGUUACGGAUUCAAAGGGAGCUCAUUCCAUCGUGUUAUCCCUGGAUUCAUGUGUCAGGGCGGGGACUUUACCCAUGGAAAUGGAACUGGCGGUAAAUCAAUAUAUGGCGCUAAAUUUCCUGAUGAGAAUUUCCAAUUAAAGCACACUGGUAGUGGUACGCUGUCAAUGGCUAAUGCUGGUCCUAAUACCAAUGGAUCUCAGUUCUUCAUCUGCACUGCUGACACUCCGUGGUUGGAUGGUAAACAUGUUGUAUUUGGAUCAGUGGUAGAAGGAAUGGAUGUCAUCAAAAUUAUUGAAAGUUAUGGAUCACGUACUGGGAAGACAAGUGAAAAGAUUACGAUUACUGAUUGUGGAGAAGUAAAGGAAGAAAUUUAACUUCAAAACAAUUACUAUUAUUCAUUAUCAGUCUCAAUGAAUGCACUUUGUAGUAAAUCAUUCAUAAUAAUUGCUCACUAAAAGGCUCUUAGAUUAUGCUUUGCUUUUAUAG